UCAACGCAUGUUGAAUAGAGUAUUGCUGUCAAAUUCAAGAAACUACUGUUUGUUUCUUUUUAAAAAGAUUCUAUUUUUUGACAAGAGUAUUGAAUUUUAUGCUGAAAUUUCAUCGAGUAUUUAUCAAAUGAAAUAUUGUUGAUAAUCAAAAUGGCUGAUUGUCCGAAAACCGAAAAGACAGAAGAUUCUAUGAAAUGUUAUAAAUUCGAUGGCCAAUCUUAUAUAUAUAAAGAUCCUACAUCUAAUGUAACAUAUAAAUUUGAUCAAGAGAAGAAUGAAUGGGUGGUAAAAGACACAGAAGAAGCAACAGGAAAAGAUUCAACUGGCAAUGAAACUAAACCGCAGGAAGGAAUAUUUGGUUUUGAAAAUGACACUCAUACAUACACAGACCCUAAUGAUGGCAGCGUAUACUUUUGGGACAAGGAGAAAAGUGCCUGGUUCCCAAAGGUGGAUGAGGAUUUUAUGGCUAGAUAUCAAAUGAACUAUGGAUUUACAGAUGCAAAUAAGGUAGAACCAGCACCCGUGCAACAGCCUCAAGCACAAACAAAGGGUGAUAAAGAGAAAAGAAAAAUGGAAGCCAAAAAGAGAGCACAAGAGCCACCGACAUGGUUUGAAGUAGACGAAGCCCAUAAUACUGCUAUUUAUGUGUCUGGCCUACCAUUAGAUAUCACCAUGGAAGAACUUACGGAACUUUUCAACAAGUGUGGUCUCAUAGCAAGAGACGAAAAAGGAAAGGACAAGAUCAAGUUAUACAAGGAUUCGAAUGGACAUCCAAAGGGUGAUGCUCUCUGCAUCUACAUAAAGGUUGAAUCGGUGGAUUUGGCGUUAAAGAUCUUGGAUAAGUCGCAAAUCAGGGGUAAAACGUUGUCUGUACAGAGGGCAAAGUUUCAAAUGAAGGGAGACUCGUACGAUCCAGCCUUGAAACCGAAACGGAAAAAAAAGGAUAAGGAGCGACAGAAAAAAAUGCAAGAAAAAUUAUUCGAUUGGAGACCUGAACGAGUGCUAGGAGAACCGAUGAAGCACGAAAGGGUGGUGAUAAUUAAAAAUUUAUUUUCUCCGGAGGACUUCGACAAAGAGGUCUCGUUGCUACUGGAGUACCAGCAGGAUGUCAGAUCCGAGUGUCUGAAGUGCGGAGAUGUCCGGAAAGUCAUUAUCUACGAUAGGCAUCCUGAAGGCGUUGCACAGGUAACAUUUCGGGAGCCAGCUGAAGCACAGGCCUGUGUUCAGUUAUUGAACGGUCGUUGGUUCAGCCAGAGGAAAAUAUCGGCCGAAAUCUGGGACGGCAAGACGAAAUACAAGAUUCUGGAGACCGACGCUGAGAUCGAGGCCAGGAUCGCCAAGUGGGACAAAUAUCUGGAGAACGAAGAGGAAGAUAAGCAGCAGAACGUUGCGAAGGAUGGGAAGCUUAAGGAACAGCAGAAGCCAAAGGGGAGGCCUGUGGUGCCAGAGAAAACGGAAGUCCCUGGACCGACGGUGAAGACGUCGAAAAAGACGGAAGUUUCGCAGGAAAUUAACGCAAUGGCGCAUGCAAAGGCGCUCGCGGCCGCGGAGGAAACCGAUUCGUCGUCGAAUUCCGAAGACUCGGACAGGGACAUUUAGAGAAAUCGAAUAAAUUAUGAAUUCCAGUGGCAGACGUAUGGCGGAGCUUGGACUAAGUUCGACACAACAAAUUGCUUUAAACGAGAACUAUGAAGAGUAACGAAGACGAUCAUGAUUAGAUCAGAGUAAUUUUCGUAGAUUACAGGGUGACUUGUAAACUCGUAACUUGUUGA